AUGAUACUCGCGGAAGAGCUCCACCGUCCUCUGGCCAAACGGUCAAGAUCAAGCAACAGCACACAAUCUCAAAAUCCCUCUGGUUUGCUAUCUCUACCUGAUGAGAUCCUAGAGCAAGUAUAUCUAUUCUUAGGACACAAUGAAAGACUGCAUCUGAGAUCGGUCUGUAGAGCGUUGCGAAACGUAUACGAUUCAUCUGCGUUAUUGCAGUACAAAUUCACAUUAGAGACUACAGGAUAUCUUGAUGUUCCAUACGAACCAUCAUCUUCAUCUCUCACUAGUCCUCACGAGAACUCGAAGCACACCUCUAUCUCUUCAUCGCCUGAAGAUCUAUCUUCCAACUCGUCAUCGUCUAUCAUCACCCUCAAAUCCCCUCAUACAGGCCGACCAAGACAGACCGUCCCAUCUGUCUCACUAGCAUCAUGGCCCAAGGAACCUUCCACCUUGAUUGCACAUGAUACUGUCAUCUCACCGGCCGACAGGAACAAGUUGUUGAAAGAACGAGAAAAGAGGUGGGAGACGUUGGAUUGGGGUGAGAAAAGGACAUUCAAAGUACAAGGUAGAGAAGGUGUAUAUGAAUUGCAGGAAGGCAUAUUCUUGAUGUGUGAUGAUUUCAAUGAUAUUGAUGAUGAUAAGCCUUCUUCAAUAAGGCUUGUACCUCUACCAUCGAUGCAAGAUCCAGAUCUAGAAGACCCACCUAUACAGACUACGUCCCAUAAAGUUGAUUUCCCAAUCUCAGAUCUUACUAUGGAUCCCACACAAGAUCUGAUCGUAGUCAGCGAAUAUAGACCCGAAUCAUCAGAUGCUCAGCGAUCCGCUCCUACCCAUCGAUAUCACCUCUUGACAUUAUCGACUUUGAAACCACAUCCAUUGGCAAAUUCACCUACUUUAGACUUCCCGCCUUUCUCACAGGCUAUCAUGGAUACUCGACAGUUGCUGCAGGUCAUGGGUGAUACCCUUGUAGUACAGGUGUCGAGAUUUGCUCCUGCUUGGGUAUUGGCCGGGCUGGGUUUUGGAAUAGGCGCAUUGGGUGGUUUGGGUCACGAAGAGGAGAUGGUAGCUUGGAAUUGGAAAACUGGGAAGGUUUUAUCUCGUAUAUCGCUACCUGAAAAUGGAUGGUUCUCAUCGUUCGCCCUCUUGACACCCACGACAUUCCUAGUCACAUCGACGUCCAAUAUAUCACCUGUCUUGCCCUCAGAGACCCGAUCAGUCGGAUCAAUAUUCCCGCCGGUUAUCCAGGUAUAUUCAUUCUUACCCGACCCCAACAACCCCAUUGAUCCUGUGCAACCUCUGAAUACUGAUCCAAUGGAUGACACGACCCCUCGGCCAGUCCUAUUGGCGCAAUUACAAUUGCCUCAUUUCGCGGACAAUGUAUCAAUUCAUGCGUUUGACGUAAGACCGGAUCCUGCUUUCCCACCUAAUUCAGGCUCUGGCCCUACCUUGGGUAAAACCAAACCCUUCACGCAAAACCCAAGUAAAGGAAUGAUGGUAUUUGAAUUGAAAGUGGUUGGAAAUACGGAAGAUGAUAACAUACCGAUCAGAGAUCGAAAGAAAUCAUACGAGAUUUUCAUACUUCGUGAAACGCUAGUAAAGUAUGCGAUAGAAGGGGAGGAAAGGCUGAAGGAAGCAUAUAAAAAUGGAGGUGAUUUCGAUGGAUUAGGGAUAAGAGGUGUGGAGAAGAACGUACCCUGGAGUGAAUGGGGUGAGGGUAAUACAAGGUUCAUGGAUGCUGUCAUGAAAAGAAGGAGCUGGGUAUGUUCAUGUUCGGGAUACCGGUUUGUCUCCCUUAUGCCUGCCAUCCGACCCUCGGGACAUGGCCUAUGGCCUUCAAAUGAGGAUCUCAAUCUGGAUGAUCUGGAGGAUGAGACACACGAGAUCAUCCCUCCACCUAAACGAUCGGAUCUUAUGAUAUUCGAUUUUUCACCUGUCAAUAUACGUAGAACCCACUCUACUGAGGAAGAACCGAUGGAUUUCAUGGAUUACGCUAAGAAGGAUUGGUCGAUCAAAGUUAGAGAUACACCUUCGAUGCUUCCUAAAGGGAAUAUAUGGAAAAAUGAUGUGAAAAGUGCACUGCCGUUCAGAGAAAUAAGAAAGGAUCAUGGUGGAUUGGCAAAUGGAGUCAUGUGUGAUGAUCAGCGAAUCAUAGUGAUUCAUACACAGGCUAGACGGAAUGGUGAUUGGUCGACUAUAAGUCAAGAAAUGAGUGUGCUAUGCAUGUAA